AUGGAUGCGCGUGCGCUCGAACCACACAAGGAGAACAUCCAACCCCUUCCCGGGGGCCGUCCGGCGCUGAAACUCGGCGCAGCACUUUCUGCUCCACGUCUGGCCAUGGAAACAGAAAGGGCACGGCUAGAGCGAUCUCUUACUGCCGACGACUUGGACGACCCACUCCAAGCCUACUUGGAUUACCUAGAAUGGACCCACUGCCAUUUCCCACAGGGUAACAAUACAGAUAGCGGGCUUCUUGCGUUGCUUGAACGCUGCACGCUGCACUUUCGCGAUACAGACUACUACAAGAACGAUCCACGGUACUUGAAGGUGUGGCUCGAAUAUGUGGGCUAUUCGGACCAGCCACGAGAUAUCUUUGUUUACUUGGCGAAAAAACGCAUUGGGCUGCAACUAGCGUUGUACUACGAAGAGUUUGCCCGCUUUCUCGAGGCCCAGGGCCAUACGGGCGAUGCGCGCACCGUCUUUGAGAUAGGACUCGAGCGCCACGCAAGACCGGAGGCGCGGCUAAGGCGCAACUUUGCUCGCUUUUGUGCGCGCUCGCCCCGUGAUUCGGCGCCCGGCGCGCCAGCAUCUGUGCGCGCGCUCUUCCCUUCGACUCCAGUUCUGGACUUACGAACAGACACGGACUGUUCGUCUGGACACAUCGCCCGACGCACUGUCGACCAUUCAUUAGAGACCAGCUCCGCACAAAAGAGUCUCCGCCGUGAUGCGGUCUUAGAGAGCUUGCCAAAGCGCCCAAGGCUCGAGGUCUAUAGCGAUCCAGCGCCCAUGUCGCUUCGCACUUCAGUAUUUGCACCAGACCCGGACGCACGUUUGAACUCCGUAGCACUCCGCACAAAAGAGAACACGGUCGCCGCACAACCGUGGGUUGGCCAAGUGCUUACCCAGAAACUCGACCGUACCAGUCUUCCACGCUUCGAAGUGUUUCGUGAUCCCAACGAGGCGGCUCUGCGUAACUUUGACGUCAUAGAAGAAAACGGAGCCUAUUACACAAUGGUGCAGCAGCCGGGAAAACCAAAGGAGAAGCUUGCUGUAAAUUUGAACUUGUUAUAUCCUUCGGCAGACGAGGAGUACAGUCUUGCGGAAGUUUUGAUGCUUUCACGUAAGUUCCGACCGGCCGUUCAAAAACAAGAAGACGACAAAAACGAGACUUUCACCAUCGCCCUCCGCGAUGAUGAGACCAUCCAAAAACCAACCUCUCUGGCGGGACAUUCUAACUCUCCUACAAUUACAAUGGUUUCUCGCGUGGCUGCGAAUGAGGUGCUAGGCAUGUUUAACGCGGCGGCACAGGAUCUUCAUUUUGACGAUUCCACAAGAGCGCUUGAAGACUCCACGAACUAUGAUGGCUUUGUCACGGAAACGCUUGACGUAAAAAACCAUUUAAAGGGCGAUGCUAUCGUCACGAACACCCCGUAUAAUACCAAUGACCAAAAAACGCCGCCAACAGAUCAUUAUGAUUCAGAUUCCGCACCAGAUCGAGAUAGCUCCCCAUUCUUGGAAUGGCCAAGAGCAACUGCUAGUUCAAACAAGCGCCAAUAA